AUGAAUUUGGCUUCGGAAACUCAAAAUGUGGAAGUGUACUCUCAAGAUGGUGAGAGGGCCAAAAAGGCUAGGCGUGACUACGUAAUAUGGUCAGAACAAGAGAAUAGAGAGCUACUAAGGUUUUUAGUGGAGGAGGUGAAGAAUGACAACAAGAUGGAUAAUGACAACUUCAAGAAAUAUACCAUCACACAAAAUGUGUUGCCAUUCAUGAAUGCUAAAUUUGGAAAAACUUUUAAAUUUGAUCAUGUAAAGAAUAAGAUCAAAAGUUGGAAGAGGAAGAUUGAACCAAUUGAAUUACUAUUGAGGAACAAUUCCAGGUUUGGUUGGGACCCAAUAUCUCAGAGAAUUACUUGCUCCGCUGAGGCUCAUCCUAAUACACCAAUGCUUAAAGAUAAGUUGUUUGAAAAUUUAGAGGAUAUGCAGAUGGUGGUGGGUAGCCACUCAGCUAGUGGGAGAGCUGCUGGAGGCUUAGGUUGUGAGGGGGUAGAGAGUGUGUCAUUACAUAAUGCAUUGGGUGAGAGUAUAUUGGAUGAUGACAUUGGACUUGAUGCUAUGGGUGAAGCAGAACCUACCCAGCCACCAGUAGAUCCUCCACCACCUCCCCCUAAUUGCACUCCAGGCCCUACCACUCCCGUGGCUGAAUCUAUUCCAUCGACCUCUAGCACGAGCAGAAAUAUUCGUAAAGCACCUUCCCGCACCACCGCCUCUGUAUUGUCUCAACCCGCCGUGCAAGAAAUGGCGAGUGGAAUUACAAUUAUAAGUAAGGCUUUACAAGAGUUAGUCACAGAGGUGAGGUUGUUGCGAAGCCGCAACCAACCGUGGGUCGAGGGAGUGGCUUCAAUUCCAGAAUUUACCGAUGAAGAACGAUUGACUGUCCUUAGUCAAAAUAUUUCCCAAGACGUGAAUGAUAUGUUUGUGAAGAUGAAUGAUUAA